AUGGCCACUCCAACGCCUAUGAAGCAUGCGCCCUCGCAGCAGGGCCGCACUCCGUCGCAGCUCGCGGCCGCGACUCCUCCCGUCUCGACGCCAUUCUCCAACACGGCUCGAGCUGCCUUUUCUCCUCGAGGCCCUGGAUCGUCUCCCCAGCAAGUCAAGAAAUCCCCUGCCACCUCGACGCUCAUGGGCCACACGGGCAUGGGAGCCUUCAACUUUGAUAGUCCUUCAACUGCCGCUGCCAUGGGCGCACUAGGAAUGGGCGGCGGCUUCGACAUUGGACUGGAUAACGUGGGUGUCGGUGGAUUGGACGCAAUUGGGGCUGCGCUUGCCAAUGAAGAUGACAAGAUGAAGCGCCUCGACACAAUCUUGACGCUGUUGAGUGCCAAGAAAGGACUCGUGAGCGAAGCCAGUCUCGAACGUCUCGCGCAGCGCAUUGGCCUAGAAUUGCUAUCCGAAGAGCAAAGGACCCCCGACGGACGCAAGACGAGAACACUGGCUAUUGCUGGAUCAGCCAUCGCACUUGAUAUUGUGCUUGACAAUAAUAUUGUCCAGAGCGUUUCCCUGGCCUACCACGGAUCUGCCUCGUCUGUAUCAAAACACAUGGAUGCUGCAGGCCGAAUCUUACUUAAAGACCUGAAACUGCUCCCGGGGCAAAGCCCACUGACGAAGACUCUGGAGAACUUUGCUUCCAACUUUGAACGUUUGGCCAGCUUGGACAAGCUUAGCAUCGUGCCAGGACUCGACUGCCACGAAGCCUUGGCUGGCAUUUAUGUUAGCCUUGAGAGAUUAUACCAGUGGGAUCUGUCAAAUUUGCGCGAGGAGCAAGAUAUGAAGGCAAAAUCAGACAAGUACCUCUCAAAUAUGGUAAUGUGCUCCAUGCAUGGGCGGCCGGUGAUGCACGACAGAGAUACAGUUGGACUCGCCAUACAAUAUUGGAGGGAGCUUCGGUUUAUGCCACCCGUAGCCGAUGGCGUGUAUACGUACGACUACGAAAGUGACAAAGUUUGGUCCCUUCUUCUCGGCUGUGCUCCGCUGGAUGGCAUGGGGGUCCCACCUGUGAGAGUCUCUGAGAACUGGAUUUCGAAAGAGAUUACCAAGCAGGAUGCGAUGAUUGAUCCUACAAAGACCAUUCUGGACUGGCAGGAGCCUGACAAUGUCUCACUACCACAGUCCGAAGAUAACAAGGAUGCUGGGAUGGACCUCUUACAGGCUGAUCUUUCCACCACAAGAGUACCCAGAGUCAUGUUCACCGUCACAUUCGACCCGCCGGUUGUUCUGCCACAGAACGACUGGGCACGUCUCUACAUGUAUGCCAACGUCAACCCCCCCAACAUCGUCAAUGAGCUGGGUCAGCGUGGUCAUCCCCCGUCGCCACCGACUUUUGACAGCCUGCUCUUCCCCUUCCCGUCCGGGGUGAAAGUCGACCCCAGUGAAUCCCGAGCCAUAGUACGGCAGAGGCUAGUCCGCGUUUUGAAGACCAAUCGAACCGAGUCUGUCGCAAACCACAACAAUACUCUCUAUAUUUACAAACCCAUCUAUUCACAAACCGUUUCUGAGAUGCCCUUCUCCCACCCCCGCCAAUUGCUAGACAUGCUGCCGCUCUUGCGACAGUACGCUUUUUUAUCGACCCUGCUCGAAAACAGCUUCGGUUCAAAGACGAAGCCUGCUGAAACCCCUACCCAGGUGCGGCCAACACAUAUCAAGACCAAAAAGGAUCGUCUGGCAGAGUACAUGGAUGGGCCGGAACCAGACGCAUUCAGUGUGGACCAUGCGUCCGAUACAGAUCUAGAUGUCAUUCUCUGGGUUCAUCCGGCGCCCCACAUGCAGGUUGUUUUCCCCAUGGGCAAUUCCACCGCGAACAUCUCCCUCAAGAUCCUGGAAGGCGGCAUCGUGGAGAUUGUGGAUGAGAAUAUUCUAGACUGCAACGACAACGGAGAGAUCAAGGGCAGGAGGAAAGAAUUCACGAGACAAAAGAUGGGCAAGGUAUUGGAAUACAUGGAAGAUUUGUGCUUGUGGUCCGAAUGGAUACGGUCGAGGCUAGGGGCGAGCUGA